AUUUUGAAAAGGUGGACAGUCGAAAUAUUUGCUCGACUUUCGGGCUAUUUUCACAUUUAAUUCUGUAAAGAAUAAAAUUGUUUUUAAUCUUACGUUUAGAACUCAUAUUAGAGUAUUCACAGACGUCAUUUUAAGUAUGGAUCGUAAAGUUAAUUCAAGAAAUGAUCACUUGGUGACGUAUAAGCAAAAGGAUGUCAUCACCGACAAACGUGCGCUUCGUGCCCAUAGACGAUCGGUGGACCAGAAACAGCUUCGAAAUGAUCGUUUUCAGAAGCUUAGGAAUAUGUCCCCUGUCAAGGAGGAGAAGAGUGUCCCUGUAUCAAAAGCUAGUAAAUCUGGUGAUGCAUUAAAAGACAGGUUAAAGAAAUGGAAAGAAGAGCGUGAUUUGAAGACAAAACUUGAGGCAAAGCAGAAAGGCAAGAAAGGAACAUUUAAAGUGAGCCAUUUGACUCACAACGACAAUAUUCUCUUCAAGAAGGAAACUGUAGACAAGAAAAAACCAAAGACAACCAGUACAGCUAAAGUUACUGCUCCUGCCCCAGUUGCCAGCAGAGUGACAAGGAAAUCCACCAGAAUUGCCAGUCAGGGUGAUGAUAAACCAAAGCUACCACCAACCAAGACUACAAAAGCAGCCACUGCUAAACAAGCCCCUGUAAAAAAGGCUGCUUCUAAGUCAGUGCCAGCAGUAUCUAGGAGACCAACAAGACAACAGAGCACUAAACCACCCGUACCUGCAGCUAAAGUAGGUGCAAAAAAAGUGGUUGAAGCCGCACCUAAGAGGAAGGCAUCAUCCCGCAGCACCACAGUCAGCAAAGCUGCAGCCACAAAAUCUUCAGAGAGUGAGUCUAGCACAUCUGCGGAUGAGGUCUUCAAUAUUGACGAGAAGAAAAUCAAUAAGAAACGUGGACGUUCAUUUGCUCCUGAUGACUUUAAAUUCUCUGCUCCGUCUAAUCUUACAUCUUUCUCAUUCAAACCACUAAGCCCUGCUAGUGCCGCCAGUUUUAUGUUCGGAGAUCAAGAUGGCGGAUCCUAUAUUGCGAGUCCUCUUGCUCGCAGGUGUUCUACCCCUAAGGCAUCUACUGGGAAGGUACAGCACUCCCCUGUUGUUGCCAUGGCAACUGCCUCACCAUCUGAAUUGACUAGUUCUGCCUCAGAAAGUGAAGCAGCUAUUACAAAGAAGACUCCUUCAAAAAGCCAAAGGCGCAAAUCUACACGCUCAAAUAAGGGCUCCCAGUCAAGUGAAGAUGACACAUUGGUGCAACAAAAGACGAAGACACCAAAGUCAACAAAGAAGACUCCAAAAUCUAUAAAGAAAACCAAGAACAAUGCGGAAGCUAUUCAGGAGAUAUCAAAAAUUGAACCUGUUAAUGAGAGUGGUCACCAGGGGGAGAGCUCAGAUGAGACCAAGUGGUAUACUGCAGUGAAGUCUCCAGAUGUGUCUAAGAAAAGCUUGAGACGGUCUCUCAGACCUGCCCCAGCCACUGAUAGUGAGAGCCAAUCCACUGCAUCAUCUGCAGAUGAACAAUGUAGUGUUGUACAGAAACCACAGGAGAAGGUUGCCAACAGACGUAGAAGCACUAGGAGGAAGUCUACCGCUACAAGUGAUGAUACAGACUCCCAACAAUCAACUGAUGAUGAGAGUGAAAAGAGAGGUAGACGCAACACAAGGAGAUCUUGUAUCAACGUUUUACAGCCUGUUGUGGAAUCCAUGGAGACUGAAAAUGUUAGUCCUGUGAAGGAACCAGCACUUGAUAAGAUUGUCGAGGAUCAGAAAACCACUAAAGAAAAUAUGGAUUUCAAAGAGCUAGGGACACCAAAACCAAAGGAUCCGACUGAAGGUGUGAAGUCUAGCGAUGAAAGUACUUUUAGAACUCCGGGACUCAGUGCAAGGAAAGUCUUGAAAGCAAGGAGCAGUGGACGAAGGAGGACAACUCCCAUCAUGCCCUCUAGUGGUCGCAGGUUGCUUGCCAAGGCCAAAUCUCCAGAAGAAAGUGUGACUGUAUUGAGCAGGAGUCCUAUGAUUGAAAUGUCACGUAAAACACCCAAGAUCAAACCAGCUACUCCACCAGCAAAUCGUUCCUUUGUUGAGCCACUUAACUUUGAUGACAUGGACGACAUUAUAGAUGCUGAUCCAACAAAUGAACACAAUGAACCAACUACUUCACCUGAUACUAUAAAGGAGAAGACGGAUGAGGAACUCCUGAAGGGGGAGCAUAAUGUUCCAUAUUUCCGUGCACUGGUCCGUAGCGAGACAAAGCAGUUUAAUAUAUCAUGUGGCCAUUGGGAGAAGAUCUUGUCUGAGACUAGUGGAAUCUCAGAGGAAGUUCAAGGACAGAUAAGGACUACAAUAGGGCAAGCUAAGCUAUUAGUGGCUCAGAGGUUCAAACAAUUUGUUGGCCUCAUUGACAACUCUGAGUUCAACACGGGCGAAAAAGAAAUCACCGCAACUGAUCUCCAAGGAUUCUGGGAUAUGAUCUAUUUCCAGGUCGAAGAUGUUAACAAAAAGUUUGAAGACCUUGCUAAACUUCGUGCUAAUAAUUGGGUUGAAGAAACACCAAAACCUAAGGUUGUUGCAGUGAAAAAGAAGACAGUGAAGCCUGCAGUAAAGAAAGCAGCAGCCAAGCCUGUUGUCAAGAAGGCUGGUGGAGGCUUUGCUGCCUUCAGGGCAAAGAUGAAGGAACAGCAGAAACAGAAAGAGAAGAAGGAGGAAGCACCAGAGGAGAAUAUCACAUUUGAUGCAGGUUUCUUCAAAGUUAGCAGCCCAGUUAGAAAUCCUAAGGUUCACUGCUCAGGUGGUUCUCCCGGAAAAGUCCCAACCAAGAGGUUAAGUUCAAGUCUGCUGACUCCCAACAACAGUCCUUUGAUGAAACAAGUCCUCCUCAAGUCAGCCAGAAAGUCUAUGGGUGCCACACCAGGGCUGAGAGUCCCUGGGGGAAGCUCAAGGAAGUCCACCCCCAUAAAUGCGAUCAUCUCUGCAUCACACAGACCAAGUCCAUUGUUACGAGAUACCACACCUCAUAAUAGCCCAGUUCCACUUAGCAGCUCUGUAUUCAGCCCCUUGAGAGAACAGUCUGAAAGAACAGAUUCUACAGGGUCUACAGGUUUUAGUCCAGGGCCCACUGCACCUAUAUUUACACCAGAGAGUCAAGGUCAAGCUGGCAGUAUAUUCACCCCUGAUAGUCUAAAUGUAGCCCCCACAGUAGAGAAUGUGGUUCCCAUGGAGACUGAAAACAAUACUCCAGCUACUAGGAAAUCAUCCAGGAAAAGCAAUGCAACAACCUCAGAUCAAUGUAGCAUAUUAGAAGAAAGUAGUUCCAGUGAUCCCUUUGCCAAAUACCUCAAACCUUCAUCCCCACAAAUAAAUGAAGAACAUAUGGAUGUUGAUACAGGUGGCAACACUGCUGAUAUAGAGCAGGAUGAGGAAAUGCCAGCCCAGAUGAAGAAGAAUCUUACGUCAAUCUUUGAUGACCAAGUCUCUGCAAAGAAAAUCAAACACAAUUCAGGUCCAUUACCAAAGAAAACUCCAGCCUCAUUAUCAUGUCGUACCAGAAGAAGUGUCCACUUUAUGUCUUCUAAGUUGUCUCCAGAACGAGACCAGGAUGAAAUUGCAACCAGACUGCCUCUAACACCCUUCAAUAGGUCUUCUCUAGUGAAAGAGAAGAGACGAAGCCGACUAGACAGUGGUAGUUCACUGGGGAAGUCAGGUAUGGACAGUCACCUGUUGUUCACCCCUGAAGCUGAGUCCAAACCUAAGGUAAACCCAGACACAGUAUCUCCUGCCACCAGGUUUGCCAAUCUCAGAGUGGGACAUACACCUGCACCAAGCUCCACCAAAAACCUGGGUUCCCUGCUGUUUACUCCCCCACCCCCCAGCAAUGAGGCUAGUCUGUUAUUCACCCCCAUGCCCCAGAGUGAAACUAAUACUGAGAAUACAAAUCUCAUGUGCUUCUCCCCCCUCGAGGAACCAAGUGCUGCACAAAUCAGAAACCAACAGGAUCAGAUUUCAUCUCCAUUGCGGAGAUCGAGCAGAAAAUCACGGGUCAGCUUGCUGUAAAUAGAUAUAGAGUACAAUAGAUGGUGCUUAAACUGCUAAAGAGAUGCAUAUAGAGGGAUAGCAAUCGAUGCACUGAGAUUGAAAGAACAACUUUGCAAUAUUCUAGAAAGUGGAUGACACUUUGUACAUAAAAGAUCCCAGUGUCUUUUGUAAAUAAUAGAGAUUACUAAUUGCUCAUACAAAGAAAAGCUUUAUUUUCUGAUUACCUCAAAAAUUGUCAGAAAUUGAAUUGGUUUAUGGCUUGUUACAGUGAACUGCUCACUGUAAUUGGUGAAUGUCGAAAGAAUGGAACUAAGAAGUGAUAUAUUAUUAUACAAAUUCUACCUGAUACUUAACUUGUCUAACAUAACAUGCAAAAGGGUGUUCCCCCAGUGACGGAAAACCAAAAUAAUUUUUCCUGACCUGAAAAAGUUGGGGGAUUUAUAAUCGUAUGAUAAAUAAAAACACUCAUUUUACAUGUAUGCACAAAUUGGAAAAAUUACAUUGUACACAAGCAGUCAUUACAUUUCAUUGUGCUCGAGCAGACACAACAUUCUAUACAAGCAUGGACUUUCUGUCUUGAGAGCCCAUAAUACAAGCAAACAUAACAUAACAUUGCAUUCAAGCAGACAAAUUGUAUACAAGAAGAUACAAUAUUACAUUGUAUAAGCAGACAUAACAUUACAUUGUAUACAAACAGACAUAACAUU